AUGGUAACAACGUUGUUGCUCGAUACCCUACGAGAUGCCGAUCUAGAGCAGUACUACCCGAGCUUCUCUACGCAUGGUAUCACCCAGCUCGAGUCACUUGCACAGCUAUCGAUGCAGGAUUAUAGCAGCUUGGGCAUCACUUCGAUUCCUGAUAGAAGGAAGCUAUUUCAGCUUGUUCAAAAACUACGACAAGAAUUGCCUACGCUUGAGAAUGGUCUCGUGUCAUCGCCUAUCACUGCCAACAAUACGACAUCCUCUUCUGCUGCUGCUGCUGCAUCAACAACUACAACAACACCACUACCAGCAACAGCUUCACCAACCACGACACCAGCUACUGUAUCUUCAAGUGGUGGUGGUGGGAUUCCAUCCCCAUCCAUUGCUACACCUACACCUACCAGCUUGAAAACACCCCAAACGUAUCGUCGACGACCACUGGAUUCGUCAUCAUUGCUCGGUUCCAAGGGCAUGUCAGGAGGUACGGGAAUCCCAGACCCAUCUUUUCCCUCAACACAACAACGAAGGAUACCACAAGCAACCAUUUCUUCCUCUUCCAAUAUGGUUGCAACGACAAGAUCUCGCUCACGCACUUUACCAGAUCAGGCACAACGUCCCGACACGAUUAAACCCAUCAGUGGUGGUGGUGGUGGCAAAUCGCCCAAUGAUCGCUUUUCGGCUGUCGCUGCUGCUUCAUCAUCCUUCCAAGACGACUAUGAAUCAUCCGAUGAGGAAGAAAAAUGUGAGAUUCGCCGUGGCUCAGGUCCUUUACUCGAUCCUUAUGGUGUCCCCAUCAGUGGAAAACGUGCCGCCGCCUCUCAACGUGCUGCUGCUGCUGCUAGUAGUGGUUUCACCAUGACAGCUCCUUCUUCUUUUGGUACAUCACCAGCAGGUUCAUCCAAUUCACCUGUCACUAUCACUGGUGGCGGCGGUGGUAAUAGUGGCGGCCAUGCGUUACAAAGCGAUCUCAAUCAAAAGAUUCGUGUCGUGGUGAGAAAGCGACCUCUCAACAAAAAGGAAGUAGAACGUGGCGAAAAGGAUAUUUCUCCCACAUGUGGUAUUCGCAGCAUCAAUGUCAAUGAGCCAAAGAUGAAGGUGGACUUGACAAGAUACAUUGAACAGCACAGCUUUACAUAUGAUGAUGUCUUUGACAAUGAUGCAUCGAACGAGCAGGUUUAUCAACGGACAGCUGCACCUCUUGUCAAGUACGUUUUCGGCGGUGGAAAGGCCACCUGCUUUGCUUAUGGCCAGACUGGUUCUGGAAAGACAUUUACCAUGUUGGAUCAAAAGCACGGAUUAUAUGUUUUGGCUGCAAGAGACAUUUUCAACAUGCUUCGAACCCCCGAGUAUCAGAACCUGACGGCCUGGAUCGGCUUUUAUGAGAUCUACCAGGGUCAAUUGUAUGAUCUUCUCAACAAUCGCAAAAAGCUGUUCGCUCGUGAGGAUGGCAAACAAAACGUGGUGAUCGUCGGAUUGAAGGAAUACGUCAUCAACAACGUGAAUGAUUUGAUGCAAGUAUUUGAGUAUGGUAGUCAAGCAAGAAGCACAGGGAGCACGGGAGCAAAUUCGGAUUCAUCCCGAUCUCAUGCCAUUCUUCAAAUCCUUCUCAAACCACUCAAGAGUCGCAAAAAGAUCAUUGGCAAGCUCAGCUUCAUUGAUUUGGCUGGUAGCGAACGUGGUGCUGAUAGAGGAGACGCUGAUGCCAAGACAAGAAUGGAAGGUGCAGAGAUUAACAAGAGCUUGUUGGCAUUGAAGGAAUGUAUUCGUGCUUUGGAUCAAGAUAAACGACAUACGCCGUUCCGCCAGAGUAAGCUAACGCAGGUGCUCAAGGACUCAUUCGUUGGCAACUCUCGCACAUGUAUGAUUGCUACCAUUUCUCCGAAUCAAAGCAACAGCGAGCACACACUCAACACACUACGUUACGCUGAUCGUGUUAAGGAACUCAAAGGAGAACGAGACCGAAGAGUCCUUGGUGGAGAAAGCCAGGGUGGUGAUGUCAGCCCCAAUACCAGAGUGGCCAAUGAUGAGCUUGAUUAUGGCAACGAUGACAGCUAUCAAGAUGAUUAUGGAGAUAUCGAUUAUGGAGAAUCGGAUGAUCCAGAGCUAUACAAUGAAGCCGAUGACAAUGAUUUAUUCUUGGAUGAGGAAUACUUCCCAAGCGACAGCGACGUUAAUAUUCUUGAUGAAGAUUUCCCUCAUGAAAAUCGACUUUUCCACGAACCCAUUGGCAAUGCAUCUCGACGACAACAUGUCUAUGCGGAUAGUAUGGGUAUGACUCAAACAAGAACAAAGCCAUUGGCGGAUCCUCAACAACAACAACAUUCACCCAAACAACACCAUCGUCCACCCACUUCUCGUCAUCAUUCUUAUCACCGUGGCAGUCCUCGAUCAUCCGAUUUGCAGCAACAAGAUGCUCAUGGCCUUAUGAUGGCAUCAUCACCUGAGAAUGCAUUUGAUCCUUCCGAAUUUAGCAGAAGCCGACAUGGUAGUAGCAGUGGUGCCUCUGGACGUCCACCUCAACAACAACAACAGCUUCCUCCUUCAUCUGGCAGCUCCAUGCAUAGGACCCAUUCGACUGCUUCAGCCAAUGAAUUCAACAUGAUGCCCGCUAAAAUGUCUUCGCCCCAACAUACCACCGAUGAUGAUGAUAUUUUGUUUGAACAACAUACCAUUGAAGACUUUAUCAAGUACCAUCGCGGCGAAAUCAGAGAAGUGGCUGAAUGCUCCAAGAAGGAAACCAAGUUACUUGCCAACUUUUCAUUGUAUAUGACGAGUCUCAAGGAGCAAAGCGAAGGACAACGUCGACCUGACGAUGAUCUCAAAAUGUCGAGUGAAUUCAUUGAUUAUCUUGACAGAUUGGAUGAGGUAUUGGAAAUGAAGAUGGGUGCCAUUGAAGCGUUACGUGACCGUAUUCGAAAUGUACUUGGCGAAGAGGACAUUUAA